GUUAAUUGCAGGAAGUCAUUAAUUAAAUUAAUAAAAUGGCAUUAGUACAAGCAAAGAAUAUAGAUCUACAUCUACCGUAUUAACAGUUGCCUACUAAAAAAUAAAAAAAAAUAACAAUACAUUGUUUAGAAUAUGGCCAUAGUGAUUAAAAAGUAGAAUAUAUAAGCUUAACACCCGAAACUGAUGUGAUAAAAUCAAGGCUACAAUGUAUUAAGUGCAUUAAUGGCCCUUACUCACAUUUUAGGUAACAAGUUGCUGUGCUCGAAGAAGUAAUAGAAAAUGUUAUAUAAACCUUUAGGUUUUAAGUGACUGCAUGAAUGUUAUGAAACAUACACAUUUUUAGGGAAAUUUUUACCAAGAAUUUUCUAAUCUUUAUCAUUCUUUAAAAUUUGAUAUAAGUAAAGAUGACAUUAAAUUUGUAAUUGUAUAUAUUGAUCAUAGAAAUGUGCAACAAUAAGAAAAUAGUUUUUAUACUUAAUUCAAGAAUUCGAAUAAGAUCUGCUUUAAAACUAUGACAAGUAUUAAGAAUUAUAUGAUAAAAUAAAAUAAUAAGUAGACAAUUUAAAAACUGUAAUAGAAAUUCUUAUAAUAGGUUUUUGAUUUUUCUGAAUUAUAAGGACAUUUAGAGAAUUACGCCAAAUAAGGUCCCAAUCCCCCACCUAAGUCAUAAAAGAACAUAAAUAAUGUUCUUAAUGAUUAUGUUAAAAAAUUGCAUGAAGAAGUAACACAAGAAAAAAAAUAGACAGAUUUAGACUCGCUUAAAACAAAGAUUAAUGAAUUUACUAAGAAAAGUUGGUAAAAAUUAUUGCUAUUAUAACAGCUUUCAUAUCCACAAACUUGACUAAGGAAUGGAAAACAUUUAAAACAUAAUUGAGGAAAUGAAAAAAACAUUCUCUCCAAAUAACUUUACCUAAUCUUAAUUGUCAAACGACUAUAUAUCAGAAGUCUUGAAAAAAAUUGACAAAGAUUAUGUGGACUUUACAAAAGUUGAAAAAAUAAAGAACUUAUAUUCUAGCAUUCAUGAGGGACUUAAGUAUGAUGUAGUAUUAAACCAUCUAUAAAAAGAAGAAUCAUCAAAAUUGCUAUUUAUAUUCAAAUGUUCAAAUUCAUAAAUUUUUGGAGCAUAUAUUUCACCUACCUUAACAAGUAGUUUACUGUUUUCAUUGAGUAAAGAAUAAAUAUAUACUCUAAAAAUAAAUAAAAAACCUUUAAAAUAUAAUAAGGAUGCUAAUGAUAAUAGUGAGCUUUUUUCUUUAGGAGAUUAAGAUCUAAUCAUUUAAUCAUCAUUUACAAAAUGUAGGUCAAAAUUAGGUAGUCUCUUUGAUUUAAGUGGUUAUUCGAUAGCCAAUCAUGAAAUGCAUUUAGCAAAUGCGGUUGAAUUUGAAAUAGUUGCCUUAGAGAUAUUCAAAUUAUGAGAAUUAUUAUAUUAAUUAUAAAAUUAAAACAAAAUAUUUUAU